UAUUUAUUUUUGGCAACAGAGUCUCUGUUGCCCAUGCUAGAGUGCCAUAGCUCACUCGCAGCAACCUCAAACUCCUGGGCUGAACCGAUUUUGUUGCCUCAGCCUUCUCACUAGCUGGGUCUGCAGGCACCUGCCACAACAACAACAGCUGAUUUUUCUAUUUUUAGUAGAGAUGGGGGUCUCACUUUUGCCUAGGCUGGUCUCAAACUCCUGACCGCAAGCAAUUCACCUGCCAUGACUUCCCAGAGUACUAGUAAUACAGGUGUGCACCCUGCCUGGGUGGUUGGUUGGUAGAAUUCUCAAUAUGACUUUGUUGGUUUCUUGUCUGCAUCCAAUUAAUGUUGGAUUGGUUCCUUUCAUUUAUCUAUCUAUGCUCAUUCUUUUAGUGGUCUCUUCCAGUAUCAUGAAUUGAACUAUGUAAGUUAACUCCCAAAUUUACACAUCCAGCCUGUAAUCUUCUGCCAAUGUUCAAUCAUAGUUGAGUUGCUUGACAUUUACGGUUUCUCACAGACAUUUUAAAAUGAUCAUGUUGAAAAUUGUACUCCACCUUUCCUCUUAAGCCACCACUACCUGCUGUCUCCCCUCUUCUAGGCACGACAAAUCCACCCAACGCGUAGUUUCUCAAAAGUCCGUAAAUCCUGUGGGGAAGGCGUUAGGCAAAAGAAGGCCCAGGAGAGGCCAGUGAAUCUGGCGACCUCCUUUUUGUUGGAUAUCUUAACUGCUCAUGUAUCUGUUUUCCUUAUGAGAGAAUCCGUCAAUUAGGCAACGUGAGCGGGAAGUCACGUGCCAAGUGAAUUGACCCACUAAGAGCCUUUGCACUCAUUUCGCCUGACCUCGGUGAAUGUUUCUGCCUCCUGGGCCUCAAUCUCCCCGAGCAUAGAAAGCGUCGUUCGGAGGCCUGCCGUGUGUACAAAGGCGGCCCGAAAGCUACACUCGGUCUUUAAGCUCAUUAACGUGUAGGAACAAGCACCUCAAAAGAUAGCCACGCCAGGCCACGUAUGAAGAAAAACUGCAUUACCCGGAAAGCAUUGCCCGGUGCGUCUCCUGCGGGCUCUGAGCCAAUGACGGCCCAGGACAGGGGCGACACUCGGGAAGGCGGAACUGCCGUUUUUCUCCGGUGACGUCAUCUCUCCGCGCCGCGUCGGUCCUUUGCCUGUUUGGCAUGGAGAGGAGGCCGGUUUUUACCAGGCCGCACCAGGGAGGGCAUUGAGGGGGUUGUCUCACUCACCGCGUGUCCACGAGCCUGAUACGCCCGUUCUUCCCUAACGGGAGUUCCUUGGGCGUCCGUCGGGGCCCAGACCUCUGCGCCGGCUCUCCGUCUUCACAACUCGGACGCGCGAUCUUGGUCUUUGUGUGGAUUUUUCUUGGGUAAAACUGAGGCUCGGAGUGCGGAAGUCAGCCGACGUCACCCCGUCCGAGACGGAGAAGGGCCGGGGUUCGGCCGAGCCCACAGGAUCCCGGGCCCCGCUCGGUCCACAAAGUCCCAGGAUGGCAGCGUCGUGGACAGAGCCGGCGCAGGUAUCUGUGACCUUUGAGGAUGUGGCUGUGACAUUUACCCAGGAGGAGUGGGGGCAGCUGGACUUGACCCAGAGGACCUUGUACCAGGAAGUGAUGCUAGAGACUUGUGGGCAUCUAGUCUCUCUGGGUUGUCCUCUGUCCCAGCCAGAGUCAAUCUGCAAGGUGGAGCACAGCGAGGACUUACCAGCAGUGGAGGAAGAUCUGUCCCAAACCUUCUGUGCAGGUGAUAGCUCCAAACCCAUGACCUCAGAGCAUGCUCUUCUUUACCUGGACGUGCCUGAGGAUUUCUCACUCCAAGAACAACUGACACAGGGAACCUCAUGGGACCCCCAGCUGGGAGAAGCCCAGGAUGGGUCACCUGAAAUGCAGGAAGUCCACUGGAGACCAGAAAUGGACCCAGAGAGAGAGAAGCUGCCUUGGAAAAUGAGCCCCGAGCAUGAUGUUUUACAAACAGAUAAUGGUUUAUGUUCAAUGAUUAUACAGGAACAAGUCUCUCCAGAAGGUGGUCUCUGGGUAUGUGACUCCUGUGGAGCAGUUUCAUAUCCCCUGAUUCAUGAAGGGGAAAAUUCCUAUAAAUGUGAGGAAUGUGGGAAUGAGUUUAACAAAAAUUGGCUCCUUUUUCAACAUGAGCAGAUUCACAUUCGUGUGAAGCCCUAUGAUUGCACAGAAUGUGGGAAAGCCUUUAGUAAGAGCAAACACCUCCUUCAGCACCACAUCAUCCAUACAGGGGAGAAGCCCUACCGGUGCCUGGAGUGUGGGAAGAACUUCAAUCGCAGGUCUCACCUUACACGACACCAGCAAAUUCACUCUGGAGAGAAGCCUUUUGAAUGUAGUGAGUGUGCAAAGGCCUUCAACCGCAGGUCACACCUUACACGGCAUCUGCGGAUUCAUAGUGGAGAGAAGCCUUAUGUGUGCAAUGAUUGUGGAAGGGCCUUUACCUACCGCUCCAAUUUUGUCUUGCAUAGCAGGAUCCACACUGGAAAAAAACCCUUUGAGUGCAGUGAAUGUGGGAAAGGUUUUUGUGAGAGCACAGAUCUCAUUCAACACUAUGUCAUCCACACUGGAGAGAAGCCCUAUAAGUGCAUGGAGUGUGGGAAGUCCUUCAACUGCAGGUCACACCUCAGGCAGCACCAGAGGAUUCACACUGGGGAGAAGCCUUAUGUGUGCAAUGAAUGUGGAAGGGCCUUCACCCACUACUCCACUUUUAUCCUGCAUAUAAGGGCCCAUACUGGAGAAAAACCUUUUGAUUGCAAAGUAUGUGGAAAAGCCUUUAGCAUUGGGAAAGAUCUUAUUCGCCACUUCAGCAUCCACACUGGAGAGAAGCCUUAUGAGUGCCUAGAGUGUGGAAAGGCCUUCACCCGCAUGUCAGGCCUUAGGAGGCACCAGCGGGUUCAUACUGGAGAGAAGCCUUAUCAAUGCAUCGAGUGUGGGAAAGCCUUUUGUCGGAGCACAAACCUUAUUCGACACUUUAGCAUCCACACUGGAGAGAAACCAUAUGAGUGUGUGGAUUGUGGGAAAGCCUUCAACCGCAGGUCACCCCUUGCAAGGCAUCAGCGCAUUCACAAUGGAGAAAAGCCCUAUCAACGCAUCAAGAGUCAGAAAGUUUCUUGCCAGAGUGAAAACCUCAUUCAACACUCCAUCAUUCAUACUGAAAGUAGCCCUAUGAGUGCAGUGAAAGUGGAACAGCCUUCAGAGGAAGCUCAUUCCUCACUCUGCAUUGAAGGGUGCAUGCUGGAUGAAACCCUACCAGUGUAACAGACAUGGGAAGACCUUCUACAAGUGUGCAAACUUCAAUCAACAUCCAAAAACUCUGUUAGGGAAAUAUUUUUUAGUAUAACUAUUGAAGAAAAUCUGUGGUGAAAGGAAACUACUUACUCAACAUCUGGCCAUUCAUACUGAAGAGAAACUUCUGAAGUGCUAUUUUUAUGGAAAACCUGUUGGAAAUCCUCAUUUGCCAUCUAAAGAAUCAUAUUAGAAAUUGACUCAGCCUAGAGUCUUAUGUGUCUGAGAAUUCACCUUUGAGAGAGAUCUAGACCUUUGGCAGCCAUAGUUGGAACUGUCCAUAAUGCUAACUCCAAAAUUGCCACAGCACAGCCAGAUGCAGUGUGUCAUACCUGUAAUACUAGCAUCUUGGGAGGCUGUGCCAAGAGGAUAGCUUGAGGCCAGGAGUUCAAGACAAGCCUGGGCAACAUAGUGAGACUCUCUCUCUACAAUAAAUAAGGAAUAUUAGCCAAGUACAGUGGCAUGUGCCUAUAGUCCCAGCUACUUGAGAUGCUGAAGCAGGAGGAGUUCUAGGCUGCCCUGAGCUGGGAUCAUACCACUGCACUAUAUCCUGUGUGAGAGAAUAAGACCCUGUCUCAAAAGAAAAUUGUCACAGCACAAAAACAGGCUUUUUCUAAACUUACACAUAGGAAAACAUUCAGCCACAUCUUCUUAAGUUACAGUGAAAUGUUAUCUCAGGUAUACUUUUUAAAAAAAGAGGAGGAGACACAGAAAAGAAAGAAAUGGGAACACAGCUUCUUUCAGACUUUCCUGACAAGCCUGUGGCAAUUUGUCAUUUUUUAUUUUAUUUGAGGAGAGAGAAAUGUUUUUUGGAAACAAAAGGGCCUUGUCCUCUAUUUUUCCCUGUAUACAUUCACUGCUGUCCAGUUUUGGUACAGUUUGACAAAUGAGGUUACUUUUGAAAACGCUUUGUGAAAACCUGCUUUGUUCCACAGCAUUGUGUCUAUCCUUGAGAAGCAGGAGCAUAAGUCUGUAUGAGAAAUAGGGAGGCUUGUGUUAUAAAAUAUCUUUAAGGAGAUAGGAUGUACAUAUGAAUGGACAUAAUUUAAGUGUAACUACCAAUCACACUUAGGACUGAUUUUUAAAAAACAAAUUGUUUCUCCCUGUGUCUUUAACCACUCAGUACGUAAUAGUUUUUCUUGUUCUUGAUUUACUUGUUUAUUUCCUUUUCUUUAUUCUUCUUUGUGAUUGGGUAGUAUAACUGUACAUAGUAUAACUCAGGGGAGCCCUAAUUCUUCCCUCUGAUUGUGGUUCUCAACUUCUUUAUUCCUCUCCUGAGUGACUUUUCCAAGUCUAUCUGAACAAUUUUCUAGAGGUCACAUUAUAGCCAAAACAAAACAUACAGCUAAAUUAAGUUAAAUAUUAUGAUAAACUCAAGCAAAACAGAGAAGGAAUCUCUUGUAAAAGAUUGUGUGAUGACUGACUAUAAAGGGACUGGAAUUUUAACAGAUGACCUUGCCUGUGUAUGUGCAGGGAGGCGUGAGUAUAAUAAUUACCACCAGGGACUUAGUCCCCAUUACAUGUAUAAUCACUAAUACCUUUAGUCAGGAUAAUUUAAAACUCCUUUGGUAUUCCACUUUUUUGUUUUUUUUUUUUUUUGCUUUCAUUUUAUUUUUAAUUGGCACAUCAUAAUUGUGUACAUUUAUGGGGAUAUAGUGGGAUAUUUUGAUACACGUAUAUAGUGAAUAAUGAUUAAAUAAGGGCAAUUAGCAUUUGAUCACCUCAAACAUUUCUUUGUGUUGGUACAUUCAAAAUUUGCUAUUGUAGCUCUUUAAGAAAAGUUAAUAAGUUAUUGUUAAUUAUAUUCAACCUACAAUACUAGAGAACACUAGAACUUUUCCCUCCUAUCUAGCUGCAUUUUUUUCUUUAUUCUAUCUGCUGCACAGUUGUAGUUUUGUAUUCAUUAACCAACUUCUCCUUAUCCCCUCUUCUUGCUGUCCUUUUCAGCUUGUGGUAACCAUUGUUCUAGUUUCUACUUCUUUUCGCUUCUACAUAUGAGCAGGAGCAUGUGCUAUUUAUCUUUUCAUGCCUGGCUUAUUUCGCUUAACAUAAUGGCCUCCGAGGUUCUCCAUGUUGCUAUGAAUGAUGUGAUUUCAUUCUUUUGCAUGACUGUUUAUAUAUGUUACAUUUUCUUUAUCAAUCUGUUGAUAGACACUUAGGUUGAUACCAUAUCUAGGCUAUCGUGAAGAGUGCUACAAUAAAAUGGUAUUGUAGAUAUCUCUUCAAUAUACUGAUUUCCUUUCUUUUGGCUGUAUACCCAGUAGUGGGAUUGCUGGGUCAUGUGAUUCUAUUUUUAGUAGUUUUUUGUUUGUUUGUUUUUUGAAAUGGGGUCUCAUUGUGCUGCCCAGGCUAGUCUCAAACUCCUAGGUUCAAGUGAUUCUCCUACCUGAUCCUUCUGAGUAGCUAGGACUAUAAGCACAUGCUGUGCUCAGCUCAGUUUUUAGGUUUUUGAGGAAUAUCCAUACUGUUUCCAUAAUGGUUAUACUAAUUUACAUUACCACCAACAAUGUAUAAAAAGUUUCCUUUUUUACAUUCUCACCAGCAUUUGUUAUUUUUUGUCUUUUUUUUUUUACAGUUUUUGGCCAGAACUAGGUUUGAACCCACCACCUCUGGCAUAUGGGGCCAGCGCCCUACUCCUUUGAGCCACAAGCGCUGCCCUAUUUUUUGUCUUUUUGAUAAUAGCCCUUAUAACUGGGUGAGAUAUUUCUUUUCUGAUUUGCAUUUCUCUAAUGAUUAUGAUGUUGAAUUUUUUUUUUUUUUUUUUUUUUACAUAUCUUUGGCCAUUUGUAUGUCUCAUUUGGUUUUUUGUUUUGUUUUUUUGAGACAGGGUCUCAUUUUGUCACCUGGGCUGGAGUGUGUUGGCAUGAUCAUGGCUCACUACAGCCUCUGCUUGGGUGAGGUGAUCCUCCUUCCUCAGCCUCCUGUGUGGCUAGAAUUAUAGAUGUGCUCCAUGCUCCAUUGCAUCUGGCUAUGUUUUUUUGUUUGUUUGUUUUGUUUUUUAGUGACAGGGUCUUGCUUUGUUGCCCAGCCUUCUUUCCAACUCCUGGGCUCAAGUGGUCUUCCUGCCUUGGCCUCACAAAGUGCUGGAUUACUGGCAUGAACUACCAUGCUUGGCCUGUAUAUCUCCUUUUUAGUGAUGUCUUGUUCAGCUCAUUUGUCCAUUUAAAAACCAGAUUAGUGGGUGUUUGGAAUUUUUUUCUGUUGUUUGAGUUCUUGAGUUCUCGAGAUUAAUUCCUUUGUCAGAUGAAUGGUUUGCAAGUAUUUUCUCCCAUUCUGCUGCCUUUCUCUUCACUCUGUUGUUUUCCUUUGCCAUGCAGAAGUUUUUUAGUUUGAUAUAAUUUUGCUUAUUUUUACUUUGAUUGCUUGUGCUUUUGAGGUCUUCAUAAAAUCUUUGCCCAGACUAAUGUCCUGAAGCAUUUCCCUUUUGUUUUCUUUUUAGAUAUAAGUCUUUAAUCCUUUUUGAUAUGAUUUUUGUAUCAAAAAAAAAGAGAGAUGGUGAGAGAUAGAGGCCUAAUUUCAUUCUUCUGCACAUGGAUAUUCUAGCACCAUUUAUUGAAGAGACUGUCCUUUCCUCAAUGAGUAUUAUUUGUGCCUUUGUCAUUACUCAUUUGGCUAUAAAUAAUGUGGGUUUAUUUCUUGGUUCUCUGUUUUGUUGCAUUGGUCUCUAUGUUCAUUUUUAUGCCAUUACCAUGCUAUUUUGUUUACUCUAGCUUUGUAGUAUUGUGGUACCUCUCAUUUUGAGGUCUGGUAGUGUGGUACCUCUCAUUUUGUUCAUUUUGCUCUGAAUUACUUUGGAUAUUCACAGUUUCUUGUGAUACCAUGUGAAUUUUAGGAUCACUUUUUCUGUGAAGAAUUCCAUUGGUAUUUUAACAUUGAACCUGUAGAUCACUUGGGCGGUAUGUUAAUUUUUACAAUAUUCUUGUAAUUUAUGAACAUGAGGUUUCUUUGCUUUUUUUUUGUGCACCUUUCAAUUUAUCAGUGUUUUGUGAUUUUCCUUGCAGAGGUCUUUCAUUUGGUGAAAUUUAUCCUUAGCUAUUUUAUUUCCAUUGUAGCUAUUAUAAUUUGGAUUGCUUUCUUUGGACUGAUAUCUUUUUCAUCUACAUUGUUCUUAGUGUCUAGAAAUGAUACUGAUUUGGGGGCUGGGUGUGUUGGUGCACAUCUGUAAUCCCAUUAGUCUGGGAGGCCAAAGUGGGUGGAUUGCUUGAGCUCAGGAAUUCAAGACCAGCCUAAUCAAGAGUGAGACCCUGUCUCUCUUAAAAACAGAAAAACUAGCCGGGCAUAGUGGCGCACGUCUGUAGUCCCAGCUACUUGGGAGGCUGAGGCAAGAGGAUUGCUCAAGCCCAGGAGUUUGAGGUUGCUGUGAACUAUGAUGCCAUGGCACUUUACUCAGGGCGACAGAGUGAGACUCUGUCUCAAAAAAAUAGAAAUGAUACUGAUUUUUGUAUAUCGAUUUUGUAUCCUACAUCUUCACUGAAUGAUUAUCAGUUCUCAGAGUUUUUUGGUAUAGAUUUUAGAGUUUUCACGUAUAUAUGAUGUUGUCUACAUAACAGGGAUGAUUAGACAGCCUCCUUUUCAAUUUGGAUGCCCUUUAUUUCUUUCCCUUACCUGUUUCCCCUGGCUGGGACUUCCAAUACGAUGUUUAGUAAAAAGGGUGAAAGUGGGCAUCAUUGUCUUGUUCCACAUGUUAGAGAGAAAGCUUUUAGCUCUUACUUGUUCAAUAUGAUGUUAGCUGUGGGCUUGUUAUUUCCGGCCUUUAUUAAUAUUGAAAUACAUUCCUUCUAUUUGCAGUUUGUUGAGCAUUUUUAUCAUGAAGUGAUGUUAAAUAUUAUCAAAUGUUUUUUAUGCAUCUAUGGCAGUGUUUUUCUACCUUUUUUAUCUCAUGGCACACUUGAACCUAUGGUUAAAUUUCUGCAGCCCACUUAAAUUAUGUUGAUCAAAAAAAAAGUUUAAAAAAGAAUAUAUAUACUGUGCUUUGAACUUCUUUCAAAAAUAAUUUAAUUAAUGAUCUUAAGAAUUUUUCACAGCACACCUAAGAUCCUCUCCUGGCACACUAGUUGAAAAUCACUGAUCUAUGGAGAUUAUCAUGGUUUUCACCUUUCAUUCUAUUCAUGUGAUGUAUCAUUUUGUUUUGUAUAUUUUGAAUCAUCCUUGUAUCCCUGGGAUGAGUCACUCUUGGUCACAAUGAACAUUCUUCUUGAUGUAUUACUGAAUUCAGCUUAUCAGUAUUUUGUUGAGGAAUUUUAUAUCUCCGUUCAGCAGUUUUGCUUUUAUAGCCUGUGCCUUUGAGCAGUUUUUAUAUUGUAUCCUUGUUUGGUGUUGGUGUCAGGGAAAUGCUGGCGUGUAAAAUGAGUUUGGAAGAAUUCCCUGCUCUUAAAUUUUCUUAGAGUUUGGGAAGAAUUGGUAUUUAGUUUUUAAAUGUUUGGUAGAAUUCCAGCAGCACAACUGACUUUUCACUAAUAAGAGACUGCUUAUUACUGAUUCAGUCUUGUUACUCACAAUGGGUCUGUUUGGGUUUUCUUAUUAUUUUUUUUUUUUUUAGGUUUUCUAUUUCUUCUUUUUUAAUCCCAGUGGAUUGACACUAAAAUUGUCACAAAUUUAUUCAUUUCCUCUAAAUUUUCCAACUUUUUAGUGUGGUGGUGUUCAUAAUAGUCUCCAAUAACUUUGUAUAUUUGUUGGUGUCAUUUGUAAUGUCUCAUUUUCCAUUUCUGAUUUUAUUUGGAUCUUUUUUCUUAUUGUUUUUGUAUAAUGACUUUUCAAGUUUAUCUUUUCAAGAACUUUUUUUUUGUUGUUGCAGUUCAGCUGGGGGCGGGUUUGAACCCGCCACCCUCGGUAUAUGGGGCCAGCGCCCUACUCACUGAGCCACAGCCACCGCCCUCAAAAACAACUUUUAACUGAUCUUUUGGGUUUUUUGGACUCGGUUUUAUUUGUUUUUGCUCUCCCGUAUUAUUUCUUUUCUUCCAAUCUUAGAUUUAAUUUGCUCUUUCUUAUUCCUUGAGAAGCAUUGUUAUGCUGUUUAUGUGAAAUCUUUCUGAGUUUUUUUUGUUUAUUUUUUCUACUUUGUUGCCCUUGGUAGAGUGCAGUUGGCAUCAUAGCUCACAGCAACCUUACACUCUUAGGCUCAAGUGAUUCUCUUGCCUUAGCCUCCCAAGUAGCUGGGACUUCAGGUGCCUGCCACAAUGCCCAGCUAUUUUUUAGAGUUGGGGUCUUGCUCUUGAUCAGGCUGGUCUCAAACUCCUGAACUCAGGCAGUCUACCUGCCUUGGCCUCCUAAAGUGGUAAGAUUACAGGUGUGAGCCAUUGUGCCAGGCCCUGUUUUUUGAUGUAGGCCUUAUUGCUAUAAACUUCCCUCAUAGAACUGCUUUUCCUGAAUUCCAUAGGUUGAUAUGUUGUGUUUCUAUUUUCAUUUGUUUCAAAAAGCUUUUGAUGGCCAGGUGCCUAUAAUCCUAGCACUCUGGGAGGCUGAAGUGGGUGGAUUGCCUGCGCUUGCAGGUUUGAGACCAUCCUGAGCCAGAGUGAGACCUCAUGUCUAAAAAUAGCUGAGUGUUGUGGCCUGGCUUCCCAGCUACUUGGGAGGCUGAGGCAAGAGAAUUGCUUGAGCCCAAGAGUUUGAGGUUGCUGUGAGCUGUGACAGUACAGCUUUCUAUCAAGGAUGACUAAGUGAGACUCUGUCUCCAAAAACAAAGCUUUUGAGUUUCCUUCUUAAUUUCUUCAUUGACCCAUUGGGCAUUUAAAAGUAUGUUGUUUAAUUUCCAUAUCUGUACAGUUUCAAAAGUUCCUCUUACUAAUGAUUUCUAGUUUUAUUACAAUGUGGUCAGAAAAGGUACUCCCCCCCACCCCCCACGGAGACAGAGUCUCAAGUUGUCGCCCUGGUUAGAGUGCCUUGGCAUCAUAGCUCAUAGCAACCUCAAACUCUUGAGCUCAAGCGAUCCUCUUGCCUCAGAUUUUCUAUUUUUGGUAGAGACAGGGUCUUGCUUUUGCUCAGACUGGUCUUGAACUCGUGAGCUCAAGUGAUCUACCCACCUCAGCCUCCCAGAAUGCUAGGAUUAUAGGCGUUAGCUACUGUGCCCGGUCAGAAAAGGUACUUUAUAUGUAUUUUUUUCUUAUAAAUUUGUGGAGAUUUAUUUUGUUGUUUAACAUGUGGCCUAUGCUGGAGAAUGUUUAAUGUGUUUACGAAAAGAAUGUGAUUCUGCAGCUUGUAGAUGAAAAGAUCUAUAAAUGUCUUCUAAGUCCCUUUCAUCUGAAGUGUCAUUUAAAUUCACUGUUUCUGUGUUGAUUGUUUUGUCUAUAUGAUCUGUCCGAUGCUGAAAGUGGAGUGUUGUCCUCAACUAUGAUUGUAUCGACGUCUGUCUCUCCCAUUAGAUCUAAUAAUAUUUGCCUUGUAUAGCUGAGUACUCUGGUGUUGGGUGCAUAUAUAUUUGCAAUUGUCAUAUCCUCUUGCUGAUUUCAUCUCCUAUUAGUUUGUCUUAAACUCUCUUUUAUCUGAUAUAAAUCUAACUACAUCUACUUUUGGUUUCUAGCUGUCUGGAAAAUCUUCCAUUCCCAGUUUCUUGUAUGCAGCAUAAAGUUGGGUCAUUUUUACAAUCUAUUCAAAUAGUUAUAUCUUUUAAGAAGGAGGUUUAAUUUGUUUGCCUCUAGAUUAUUAUUGAUAGAUGAGGACUUACUCCUGUCAUUUUGUUAAUUGUGUUCCGGAUGUUUUGUAUUUCCUUUGUUCCUUUCUUCCUCUUACUGUUUAUCAUUGUGUUUUGGUGGUUUUCUGUAGUGAUAAGAUUUGAUUCUUUUACAUAAAAGAAUGUAAAGAAUUUUAUUCUUUUACAUAAAAGAAUGCCUAUCCUACUAGUGAAUUUUAUAAUUUUUCAUGUUUUCAUAAUGGUGAUUAUCUUCUUUUCAUUUCCAGGUAUAAGACUCCGUUUAGCAUUUCUUAUAAGGCGGUCUAGUUAUGAUUAAUUCCCUUAGUGUUUGCUUGUGUGGGAAAGACUUUUUCCAUCAUUUUCAAAGGAUAACUUUUCUGGGUGUAGUAUCCUUGACUGAUUUUUUUUUUUUCUUUUAGCUCUUUGGAUAUAUUGUCUCAUUCUCUGCUGGCCUGUAUAGUUUCUGCUGAGAUAUCUGCUAUUUGUACCAUGUAUAACGGGGUUCCCUUAUUUGUGAUUUCAUAUUUUUUCUUACUGUUUUUAGAGUUCUCUCUUUGACUUUAUCAGUUUGACUGUGUGUCCUGGAGAUGACCUUUGGGGUUGAAUUUAUUUGGGGGCUUUGAAUCUUCCUGUGCCCAAAUAUCCAUAUCUCUCCCAAGACUUGGGAAGUUUUCAGCUUCUUUGCCUUUUCCCAUCUCUUCACCUUCUGGAACUCUGGUAGUAAAAAAAGAAAAAAAAAAUUCUUUAAUGGUAUCUCAUAAAUCUUAUAGGCUUACUUUACCUUUACCAUUCAGAUUUGUUCUUCUGCUUGAGCAAGUCUGCAGUGAAGCUCUCUAUUGUAUUUUUUAUUUCAUCAUUGAAUUCUUCAGCUGCAGAAUUUAUUUGGUUGUUGUAAUGAUACCUCUUUGUUAAAUUUCUCAUUCAUAUUGUGAAUGAUACUCCUAAUUUUGUUGACUUAUCUAUCAGUACUUUCUUGUUAUCUAACUGAAUUUCCUUAAGAUUAUUAUUUUGAAUUCAUUUUCUGGCAAUUUAUAGACAUCCCUUUCAUUGUGUUCUGUUAAUAGGGAGUUAUUGUUCCUUUGAUCAUGUCACAUUUACUUUUUCAUAUGCCUUGUGUCCCUGCAUUGAUGUCUGCGAAUCUUAUAGAAAAAUAGCUUCUUCCAUCCUUUCCAGAUCACUUUAUUUUUUAUUUUUAUUUUUUUGAGACAGAGCCUCCAGCUGUUGCCCCGGGUAGACUGCCAUGGCAUUACAGCUCACAGCAACCUCAAACUCCUGGGCUCAAGAGAUUCUCCUGCCUCUGCCUCCCAAGUAGCUGGGACUACAGGUGCCCAUCACAAUGCCCAGCUGUCUUUUUUUUUUUUUUUUUUGGUUGCAGCCAUCAUUGUUGCUUGGCGGGCUUGGGCUAGAUUUGAACCCACCAGCUCAGGUGUAUGUGGCUGGCGCCUUAGCCACUUGAGCCACAGGCACUGAACCCAGAAUCCCUUUCAUAGGGAAAUUUUCAGCAGGUUGGGUCUUACUGUGUCAGUUGAGAAGGGACUGUUUCUGGAUUGGUAUAGUGGUAAGAUCUAUGUUCUAUAGUGACGGUUUCUGGAUUGGUACAAUGGUAAGAUCUAUGUUCAGCUUCAUCAGCUGCAUUCAACAUUGGCAAUAACUGCAGAUUCCUCAGUAGCCUAGGAUGUAGAAGUUUGUUGCAAAAGUGGCAUAGGUUUUUAGGGUCUUUGGUGGCCAGGGCUUUCUGGAGCCCUUUUCUUCUUAUUUUCCUCACAAUGGUGAUACUUAGCCAAGAAGGUACUUCUUGAUGUCACGUUUGAUAUGGCCUACAAGCAGCUGCAGUUGCUCUGGGUUCCAGGUACAGGUACUCAGGGCAGCUGUCAGGCCAGGCUUCUAGGCUUAGUGUCUCAUGAACCUACGUGGCAUCUGGGUCUUAGGGUGUAGGUUUGCUCUCAAUGGCAGAAUUACAUGUAGGUUGCCUACAGAGCCAGCAUCUGUGACUGUGAUGUACCCCCUAGCAGCGUGGGCCCAAGCAGCUGGGUUGUAGCUUUGAUUCUACCUGUGGGAGGCAGGACACAGCACUGGCCCAUGUCUGGGGAACAAGGGUACAUUGGAGUUUUGGUCCCAGGGGCAGGGUACACUUUGGGAACCUUAGCUAAUGGGACUUAUUGGAGACUUGGAUCCCAGGGGGUGAGGCACUGCAUUGAGGUGAGUCUGUAGACCUUGGGAUGUUGAGGAUCUGUUGUAUCCCAAACUCUAUGAGGCCUGGUGCAUCAGGAGAAAGUACCCCAGAAUGGUAGAGCACAGCUAUGUGGACUUUAGUGGGUAGGGAGCAGCACAGUGAUAACUCCCUAGGGUGAAGAGUGUCUUUUGGGUUUUUUUUUUUUGAGACAGAGCCUUAAGCUGUCGCCGUGGGUAGAGUGCCGAGGCAUCACAGCUCACAGCAACCUCUAACUCCUGGGCUUAAGUGAUUCUCUUGCCUCAGCCUCCCAAGUAGCUGGGACUACAGGCACCCACCACAAUACCCAGCUAUUUUUUGGUUGUAGUUGUCAUUGUUGUUUGGCAUGCCUGGGCUGGAUUUGAACCCGCCAGGUGUAUGUGGCUGGUGCCUUAACCACUUGGGCUACAGGCGCUGAGUCAAGGGUGAAGAGUGAUCCCAGCUCAGACUCUAGGGAUCCAGGGAAGAGGGUACUAAGGUUGUUUGGCUGUCUCAGCUCAGCUCCUGCUCUGUUUCCCUGUGAUGAUGAGUACUGUGUCAGUUCAUCUCUGGAAUGCACUGCAGGUCAGCUUAGCCAAGGCUUCCCCACAGGUAAUGUGCCUCUUGAGCACAGGCCUGGGGUGUGUGACUUCUUUGGUUGGCCCAGGCACCAUUUCUCUGGGAUGCAGGGUGCUGCUUCAGAUAGGUAUGGGGGUGCAUGACUGCUCUGGAUGGCCAAGACACUCUUACCUGGGAGACAGGGUACUGCUUCAGCUUAAGCAAGUGAUGUUACCUGGGGAAACAUCACUGCUCUGUGUGCCAAGUACUUUUUUCCCAGGAGGUAGGGUACCAUUUUUAUUCAGGUACAGAGGGGUUUGACUGUUCUGUGUGGUCAGUGCACCAAUUCCCUGGGAUGCCAGAAUUGCUUUAGUUCUGACUGAGGGGACAGAACGCAGCACUAACUGGGAGAGGUUUUCAAAGCAGCUCUGCCAAAGCACUAAUUCCUCAAGAGUCAGUAUGUAACUUCAGCUGAGGCCACUGGGGUCAGGACACAACAGUGACUGAAUUUGGCGGAGGAGCUCUGUCAAUGCAGUAUUUCCCCAAAAGUUAGUGUGCAGCAUUGGUACAGACCACUAGAGGAAGGCACAGCCAGGACUGAGAGAAAUGGUACAAUUCUGCUAAAGCAGUUUCCCAGGAGGAAGUGGGCAGCUUCAGCUAUAGUGUAAGGUGGCAGGGCACAAUGUAGGAUGGGCUGUUGAGGGGUAGGUGGUGUGGGAAUGUUAGAACAUCAGGUUAGGGUGGCUCUGUGAUGGUGUAGCCUUGGGGAUGAAGGAGUGCCAUGGGCAUCUGCCCCUGGAGCAAGACACACCCCAGCAGUAGUCCCAGUGCCAAGAUAGCAUAGCAUAGUAGAUUUGUGGGCUGCAGGGGGCAGACCAUAGUGUCAGCUCCUUCUCUAUGGGGAGUACAACUGUGGGGGCUUCCCUCAGCUGAGCUUACUACCUUUGAGAAUUGCAGAAGACCCCUGUGGUGAAGGCUGUUGAGGAGGGCUGUGAGGAUCCUGUUAAUUACCUUUUCCUGUAGGGAGAAGUUCCUCCUGGUUUCUAGCUGAUCCUGACUGGGGGAUGGAUUUGUGGGAGCCAGGUAUUUUCUCCUAUUCUCUAUGUGGCUCUCGUGAGUUUCUGUGCUCACUAAGGUUUCAGUUACUCCUUUGAUGUACACCAGUGUUUUCCUUCAGUUAUUUUCAUUAAAAUGUAAGUGUUUAUUUGUUGUUUGGUCUGUCUUUAUGUAUGGGCAUAUCUAGGGGCUACUAAUUGGCUUUUUUGCUGACUUCUUGCUACAAAUAUAUGGUUGCAAACAUUUUAACUUGUCAGCUGUAAAUAACGAGGAGUACAAUUGUCAUCAUAUGGUAUGUAUUAUUCUUACCUGACAUAACUAUAUAGGAAAUUCCCAAAUUAUUUUCCAAAAUGGCUAUACCAUUUUGUUUUCUCACCAACAUUGCAUGGGAGCUCCAGUUUCUUCACUUUUUCAUUUUUCCAAUUUAACAGGUAUAUAGAGGUAUCUCAUUGUGGGUUUAAAUCGCAUUGCUGAAAUGAAUAAUAUUGUUCGUCUUUUCAUAUGUUCAUUUUCAUUUGUCCAAUUUUAAAUUGUUUUUCUUAACAUUGAAUUGUAAGAAUUCAUUUUAUUUUACUUUUUAAAUAUUCAUAAUACUAGUCCUUUGUCAGAUACAUGUUUUGGAAAUUGUCUGUCUUUGGUUUAUGUUCUUAGCAGUGUUUUCCAAAGAGUGGAUAUUUUAAUUUUUAUUUAAUCCAAAAUAUUUUGUCUUUUAUGUGUUUUUAUUUUUUUUGUCCUAAUUAGACUUUGCUUAACUCAGUGUUGCAAAGCUUUGAGUUGUUUUCUUAUAGGUGUUUUAUAUUUCUAGUUCUUUCAUGUGGUCUAAGACCCAUUUUUGAAUUCAUGUUUUUAUAUGGUCUGAGGUAAAGGUUUCAUAUUAAAAUUAAGUAGAUACUUAUUUUUCAUUUCCAAGUAAGUCACACUGACGGCACAACCAUUAGUAUUGAGUGCUUUGUUAUACUAAAAUGCAUGUACACAAAGGUUUAAAGCAAUGUCAUAAUAACUAGAACUUUACAUAAUUCAAAUGAUAGCUAUUUCUAAGAUGUUUAAGCAAAUUGUGAGAGUCAUUAAAUGGAAGAAAACUUAGCAAUUAAAACUGCUGCUUUCAUGCAUUAAGAUGGAUGACAUACUUGUACUGAGUCUACCUGCCCUGAGGGUGAGACAGGGAGGGCAGGAGGGGUAGAGGCAGAUUCUGGUUAAUGUUAAUUAGAGAUGAAUAAAGACAUGUCAUCUAAAGUCACAAACUUGAAAUCAUGUCUAUUCCAUUCUCCACUUAGGGCUGAGGGCAGUUAGUCCCUCAGGUAAUUAGUCCUAAUGUUUCUAAGAUUUGAAUCUUUUGAACCAUAUUAAUGCAUCUUUUUUUUUUUUUUCUUUUGAGACAGAGUCUCAAGCUGUCGCUGUGGGUAGAGUGCUGUGGCAUCGCAGCUCACAGCAACCUCAAACUCCUGGCCUUAAGCAAUUCUCUUGCCUUAGCCUCCCAAGUAGCUGGGACUACAGGCACCUGCCACAACGCCCGGCUAUUUUGUUGUUGUUGUUGCAGUUGUCAUUGUUGUUUUAGCUGGCCCUGGCUGGGUUCAAACCUACAAGCCUCUGUGUAUGUGGCUGGUGCCCUACCCACUGAGCUACUGUAGCUUUUUUUUUUUUUAAACAGAGUCUCUCUCUGUUGUCCAGGCUAGAGUACAGUAGGAUCAUCAUAGCUUAUUGCAACCUCAAACUCCUGGGUUCAAGCCAUCCUAUUGUCUCAGCCUUCUGAGUAGCUGAGACUACAGGCACUAGCUACAAUGCCCAGAUAUUUUUUUUCUAUUUUUAGUAAAGACAGGGUCUUGCUCUCGCAGGCUGGUCUCAAAUUCAUGAGCUCAAAAGAUUGUCCCACCUCAGCCUCCCAUAGUGCUGUGAGCUAUCACACUCAGCCAAUUAACGUAUCUCUUAAGCAACAUGCCAACCUACAGUUUAAGAAAUUGUACCCCAGGCUCUGCACUAGCCACAUACACCUGAGCUUGUGGGUUCAAAUCCAGCCCGGGCCUGCCAAACAACAAUGACAGCUGCAACCAAAAAAUAGCCAGAUGUGUGGCGGGCGCCUAUAGUCCCAGCUACUUGGGAGGUGGAGGCAGGAGAAUCACUUGAGCUCAGGAGUUGGAGGUUGCUGUGAGCUGUGAUGCUACAGCACUCUACCCAGGGUGACAGCUUGAGGCUCUGUCUCAAAAAAAAAAAAGAAAUUGUACGCUUGCACUGUGUAUGGGUAGAUAGACUAGUGGCGCGGGCAUCUCACUGGAGAGAUGCUGGCAUAUUGGAGACAGCAUGACUACAAUCUCUAACAUAGAAAAGUUGUGUGAUCUUUGAGUAUGUAUUUGUGUACUUCCCCUGAGAGGAGUGAGAACUCCUUAAGCAAGCCCAGAGACUCCUGUACAUGUACCAAUGAUAAAAUACUGGGGAGAGAACUUGUGACUACACUGGACAAGUCCCUGUUUUACUUACCUACUGAUACAUGGGACAUUACCCCUAAAGUUUAGUCCCUCUGCACAGUAAAAAUCCCUCUUAGCGUUCCUUAGUGUCUUUAGACAUAUUAAAGACAGAGUAAAGACAUGAUGUCUAGAGCGUUUCCUGCCAUUUUGUGACCAGAUAGUUAAAGCCAAUACUCUGAACAUAGUGUAGGAGAUUGCAAAAAGCCUGGAUCCUUCAUGACAUCUUUUCUUUUUUUUUUUUUGCAAUUUGGCUGGGGACAGGUUUCAACCCACCACCCUCGGAAUGUGGGACCGGUGCCCUACCCCCUGAGCCACAGGCGCCGGCCCCUUCAUGACAUCUUAAGGUAUUAAAUAAACUGAAAAUUUUAGAUUCCUAUCUGAAGAAUAAUUAAAAACAAAAUCUUGGUGUUUAAUUUGUAAUGAAGUCACUCUGACAUGGUUUCCAAUCAGGAUUUUUUUUUUUUUUUUUGAGACAGAAUCUCACUAUGUCACUCUUGAUAGAGUACUGUGGCAUCACAGCUCACAGCAAUCUGAAACUCUUGGACUUAAGUGAUUCUUUUGCCUCAGCCUCCCAAGUAGCUGGGACUACAGGCACCUGCCCAAGGCCUGGCCAUUUUUUUGUUGCAGUUGUUGUUUAGCUGGCUUGGGCCGGGUUCAAACUCACCAGCCUAGGGGCAUGUGGCCAGCACCGUAACCACUGUGCUAUGGAUGCCGAGCCUACAGUAGGGAUUUCAACGGUUCUAAAAUAUCUAUACAGCUUUCGUCACCUGCACUGACACCGGACACUCUGGUCCUCUAUGACACAAUAUAAAAACCUUAACUAUAAUGUCUGUUCUGUAUCCUAAAUCAAAACCAUUUCAUUUUAUCCUAAGGAUUCUCCACAUGUGAAAAGGAGAAUUAUCUUUCUCUCUAAGCUGGGUAAUUUUUUUUUUUGAGACAGAGUCUAUGUUGCCCUUGGUAGAGUCCUAUGGCAUCAUAGCUCACAGCAACCUCAAACUCCUGGCUCAAGUGGUCCGAGUCUCCCAAAUAGCUGAGACUAAAGGCCCUUGCCACAACGCCCAGCUAUUUUAAAAGACUGGGACUCACUGGGUGGUGCCUGUGGCUCAGUGAGUAGGGUGCCAGCCCCAUAUACCGAGGUGGUGGAUUCAAACCCGGCCAUGGCCAAAGUGCAACCACAAAAAAAUAGCCAGGCGUUGUGGUGGGCGCCUGUAGUCCCAGCUACUCGGGAGGCUGAGGAAAG